GAUGGACAUGAGUUUGAGUAAACUCCGGGACUUGGUGAUGGACAGGGAGGCCUGGCGUGCUUCGGUUCAUGGGGUUGCAAAGUGUUGGACAUGACUGAGCGACUGAACUGAACUGAACUAAACAAGUUAAUCUUGUAUAAACAAGUACUAAUUGUUUUAAAUGAGGAUGAAUAUCUGUGCUAGGUUUUAUCUUGGGCUCCUUGGAAUUUCCUAGCUUUAGGACUGUUCUUUGUUACAACUUGCCCCUGUUUCACACAGGAGUUUAUUUAUAAUUGAGGUGACUUAGGAUUGGACUGGUCGCCAGGAAGUAAGGAGAAUAGAAGGUUAAAUUCUCAGCCCCAUGUGGAAGUUCCCAAGAAUCAGAGGGGAACUGGAGACCAUGUAUAAAAAUUGCUGAGGAAUAAAAUUCAAGGAGCCUCAAGAUCACUGAACACCUUGAAACAAUGGAAGUCUUGGGAGGGUGGCUGUACUGAAAGGGCCUGAAAACCCCUGCUGCCCUCCACUUCCACUACCUAGACAUAGACAUCCCUUCCAUUGGGCUGUUCUAAGUUGUAUCCAUUACAGUAAGCCAGCAGUAAGAAAAGUGUUUUCCUAAUUUUCAUGGGUUAUUUUUAUCAAAUUAUCAAUACUGACAGGUUCAGGGAAAUCCCUGAAUUUGUAGCCAGUGGGACAGAAGUACUGGUAGCUUGGGGACCAGGGAUUGGAACUGGCUUCUCAGAAGAGGUCAAUUUAUGGGACUGAGCUCUUAAACCUAUGGUCACGAAUUUCAGGGAGUAUAAUAAUAGGAGUGAAUUCUGUCAUGAAAUCAAAUAAUUGGUAGUGGAAAAGAGAUACUUUGUCUCAGAAAGCCUUGAAAGACAUGUAAGGAAAUCCUGAUUUAAAAAAAAAAAACAUUUAUAGAAAUCUUAAUCCUGUGUUAUGUAAUAGUGAAUCUUAGCGUGGGAGAGGUUAAUAAUGCAUUUGAUGUUUACACAACAUUAGGAGGUAGACAUCUUAAGUGUUACCCUUUUACACCUGGGCUUCCCUGGUGGCUCAGAGGGUAAAAAGCCUCUGCCUGCAAUGCAGAAGACCCAGGUUUGAUCCCUGGGUUGGGAAGAUCCCCUGGAAAAGGAAAUGACAACCCACUCUAGUACUCUCGCCUGGAAAAUCCCAUGGAUGGAGAAGCCUGGUAGUCCAUGGAGUCGGACACAACAGAGCGACUUCACUUCACUUCACUUUUACACCUGAAGACACUGAGACUCAAGGAGGUUGAGUCUUUAUCAAAGGCUAUCAGAGUUGUCAGGUUAUAGCUCUGAGUCAGAGGUCAGCCUGAGGUGACUCAUCUUCAGGAAAGGACACAGCUCCACCUUUCCAUCCUCACCAAGAUAACCUUGAUCUCAGAUCCUCCCUCUUUUCACAGGUUCCCAUGGUAGCAGCAGCCUUUAUGGUCCCUGGACAGGUAAGUGGAGGAAGCCCCAGUACCUCUCCCGAUGUCAUCCCACCCCUAGUAUUGACACACAGAUACAAGAGACACAGUUAUCCUGGGCUUGUUGGGCUUUAGUUCUAGCCCUGGGGUCACCUAAGGUGCAGGACCUGUGAAGUGGUACUGAGGUGGUCUCAUGUGUCCAGUGGAGAAGAUGAGGUGGUGAGAUGUUCCUGGGACUGGAGCCAGCCUGUCCGUGUGCCUGGAGGGCCAUGUGACCUUUGAGGACGUGGCAGUGUCCUUCUCCCAGGAGGAGUGGGGGCUCCUCGGCGAGGCUCAGAGACUCCUGUACUAUGACGUCAUGCUGGAGAACCUGUCCCUGGUAGCCUCCCUGGGGUGUUGGCGUGGAGGAGAUACCGAAGAGGCCAGUUCUGAACAAUGUGUUUCUGCAGAACAAGUGACACGAGACAGGAAUCCACAGGUGGACCCAUGUAUCCUGAAGGCUGUCACUUCCACUGACAUGUGUGCCCUGAUGGAGAAAACCCUGCCCUCUUCUGGGGCUUCUGGGAAAAUGCUCACUUCUCACUUGCAGCAGCACCAAACACAGCUCAGUGGAGAGAAACGUCUCAGGAGGGAUGAGAACGGGGCCUUGCUCGUGACGAGCUGCAAGAUCUUUGUACCUGACACUGUGUUCACAUGUGGAGAGGCUGAGGAGGAUUUCCUCGGUAGCCUGGGCUUUCUCCAGCACCAGCCCCCCCACGCUGGAGAGCAUCCACACAGAAGCAGGCAGAGCAGGGGGGGCUCUCACCCUGGGCAAGGGCAUUACAAGUGCAGCGAAUGUGGCAAAGCCUUCAGUAAGAAGUACAAAUUCACAGAGCAUCUGAGAGUUCACACUGGAGAAAAACCAUAUAAGUGCAAUGACUGCGGGAAAUUCUUUAGACUCCGAGGGGGUCUCUCUCAUCAUCGGAGAGUUCACACAGGAGAAAAGCCUUUCGAUUGCAGUAAAUGUGGGAAAGUCUUCAUCUACAAAUGUAAGCUUGUUCAGCACCAAAGAGUCCACACUGGAGAAAGACCCUAUGAGUGUCAGGAAUGUGGGAAAGCAUAUGCCCGCAAGGAUUCACUUGUCCAGCACCAAAAAGUCCACACUGGAGAGAAGCCUCAUAAGUGCAGUGAAUGUGGGAAGCUCUUCCUGUACAGAAAUAAACUCCUUGUGCACCAGAGAAUCCACACUGGAGAAAAGCCUUUUAAGUGCACCGAAUGUGGGAAAUCCUUUAGUUACAAAACAAGUCUUAUUAUCCACCAGAGAACUCACACUGGAGAAAGGCCUUAUAUGUGUGGUGAGUGUGGGAAAGCCUAUGUCAACAAAAAGAGUCUUAUUGUCCACCAGAGAAUCCACAGUGGAGAAAAAGUUUAUGCCUGUAAGAAAUGUGGGAAUUUGUUUGUGAGCAGCUUCGCCCUCAACAAACACCAGAAUGUUCACACCUCACAGAGGCAUUAUGAGUGCAGUGAAUGUGGGAAAGGGUUCAAGAGGAAAAUCACACUCGAUGAGCACCAGAGAAUCCACACUGGAGAAAGACCCUAUGUGUGCAAUGAAUGUGGGAAAGCCUUCAAGCUGAAGAACACACUAAUUAGCCACCAAAACGUCCACACUAGAGCAAAGCCUUUCCAGUGCAGUGAAUGUGGGAAGCCCUACAGUAACAAAACAAGUCUUAUUGUCCAUCAGAGGAUCCACACUGGAGUGAAGCCUUUUCAGUGCAAUGAGUGUGGGAAGCCUUACAGUUACAAAACAAGUCUAAUUGUCCACCAGAGAACCCACAGUGGAGAAAGGCCUUAUGCGUGUAGUUCUUUGUACACAGCUCCAAGGUCAUGAUCUAAUAUGUGUGUGUGUGUGUGUGUGUGCGUGCGCGUGUUCAGUCGCUCUAUCAUGUCCAACUCUUUGCAACCUUCUGAACUAUAGCCUGCUAGGCUCCUCUGUCCAUGGGACUCUCCAGGCAAGACUACUGGGUUGGGUUGCCAUUUCCUACUCCAGGGGAUCUUCCCGCCCAAGGGAUCAAACCCAUGUCUCUUGCAUUGGCAGGUGGACCCUUUACCACUGCGCCACCAAUGUUCACACUGGAGAAAUGCCUUCUGGACUCAUGCUUUCCUUCACUUGAGUUAAUAUCUAGUAGCACAACUCCUCGUCAUAGAGUAAGUGAAUGUUAAACUCAUGUAGGGUCAGUCCAACUCUUCCCAAAAGUGGUGGUGUCCUUUUAUAGUCUCAUCAGAAGCACCACAAGCCAAGUUCCUGUUCUUUACAUUCUUACUUGGUAUGUUCAGGCUUUCCAAUUUUAGUGACACCAUAGUUGUAUAGUGGGCCCAAGUGAUUUUAAUUUGCAUUUCUCUAAUGAUAUGAUGCCAAGUGGUCUUCCAUGUGUUAAUUUCCAACCACAUAUCAUUCUUGAAAUUUCUGUUCAUAUAACUUGUUCUAAUUACUGAGUUUUGACGUUUUGUCAUUGCUUACUGAUUAAGGUACUCUAAUGGAAAUACUUAGCAAUACAAUCUUCCAGAUUUGGUUUAGUCUUUUCAAUCACUUAAUCCAGAGAAAAAGUUUUUAAUUUUAUUGUAGCCUAAUUUGUUCAUUUAUUCUCUUUACUUUUUCCCUUGCUUCCUCCUGUAACUUUUAUGGUUUGAGGUUUUUACUGAUGUAAGUGAAUCAUUUUCAGUUAAUUGUGGGGUUUAAUUUUUAAAAUAUGGACACCCAGUUUCUGCCAUAAUAGUGAUUUAAAGAUCAUACCUUUCCCCCUGAAUUGCUUUAGUACUUCAUUGAAGGUCAAUCAUUUAUGUAUGUUUAUUUUUGGAAUUUCUAUUCUGUUGCAUUUAUCUACUUUAUUUAUGCCAGUAUUUUCACGUAUUGACUAAUUUGUUUUCAUAAUAUGUCUUGAAAUCAACAUUGUGUACUCCUUUGACUUCCUUUUUUUUUUUCUUCAAAGUCAUCAUAGCCGUUCUUGGAUCUUUGCUUUUCAUAUGAAGUUUAGAAUCCACCUUCUAGUUUAUACAGUACAAAAAUCCUACUAGGAGUUUGAGUGGGAUUGCAUUGAUUUGUUUUUAUUUUUUAUUUUUGGCCAUGUUGUGUGGCUUACAGGAUCUAGAGUCCCUCAAUCCAGGCCAUGGAAGUGAAAACACAAGCGUUAUAACCAGUGGACCACCAGGACAUUUCCUUAAUUUUCAAUUUAGGAAGAAAUACUGAGUAUCCCAAUCCAUAAACAUACAUCUCCUUUUAUUUAGAUCUUAAUUUUUGUUAACAUUGUUUUUAGAUUUCUUUUUAUUGGUCUUGCAUAUGCGUUUUCUAAAUCUGGUAAUACUGUGAAUGGGAACUAAUUUUUUUUUUCCUUUGUGAAUUGUUCAGUGCUAGUACACUGAGAGAGAUCAAACUGCAGAUAGAAGCAGUCCUUCUUAAUCAUUUUAUAAAUAACAUCUACAAAAAGUUAUUAUAAAUACUGUAUUUUUGAACCAUUAUUAAAGUAUUCCUUUUAGCAUAAAAGAAGAACAGCUGCUCAUUGUUCUCAAUUCAGCAUUAUCCUGGAGUUCCAAUUUCAUUAUAAGGCAAAAUAAUAAAUAUGAAGCAAUUGGAAAGGAGGAAAUAAACCAUCUAUAUAUAGUAGGUCCUUAGUUUUCAUCUUCACUAGUAGUCCAAAUAUGGACACUCAAUUUAAUGGCCAGACUCAUCAUAAACUCCUUAUUUUUUUAUCACCCAUUUGCUGCCCUUACUUCCUUAGGAACCAUCACCUUCUAUGACACUAUGCAACUUAAACAGAAGAACUGCUUAUGUAUUUUUCUAUCAAAUACUAAGUUCCAGCAGGGAAAUAUGUAUUUAAAUGUUGUGCACUGACAUAUUCCAUAUUCCUAGAAACAUGUCUGAAACUCCUGGGAUAAUAAAUGUCUUGAAAUAUAGAACAAAAGGAAAAUACACACUUAACAUUCAUUUGCACAACUGUGGAUAUACCUUCUAAUUCUCCUCACUCUGCUUUUUCCUUCAAUUUCCCUGCCCUCAGUGCUCUGAGCUAUGGGAAGAAGUCAUGUUUUGCAAAAAGUCUUUAAAUCAAUUAAAAAAAUCCCCAAUAGGCAUUUUCCUUCCCUCACUUAUUAGAACUCAGGGGUUUUUUUUCCCCAUACAUUCCAGUGGGAUUUUGAUUAUUUAAAAAACCAGCUUCCCACCAUCAAUUUCUUCCACUCCUGACAGAUAUCUAUCAUAUGAAGCACUUUCCAUAGCUCUUGGUAGCUACACAGCCCCAAAUAUUUUUCAGAGUUUGUCUCCACACCCUACACAAAUAACUGUUGGUGCACUUACAGGUGAUCACUUUGCCAGGAGCAGAUGACAUCAUGGGGGGUCUAAGCCUUUAUCUCAGGCUUAUAUGUCCUCACUGCAGACGCACAGAGGUUGCGAUGGCAGACCUUGUCCUGGGAGCAAAUACACAUUUGGUAAGUAUCUCUUCAUUUCAGGUAUCUGAUUCUUAGAAAAUGUUUAUCUCAGGGAACCCAAGAUUAACUGUUCUUUCAAUUUUACUUACCAAGGUUAGGACAAUAAAAAAGGAAACGCCUUAGAUAGAUCAUAUCUAUGGAUACAUAUAGAUACAGACAAGAACAAACCCAUAAAAACAGGAAAGGCAUUUGCUGAGGAAACCAGAGGCAAGUUGGCCCUCAUCAAUGUGCUUCAGGAGUGCCUGACACCUCCUCCCUCUCCUCUAGAUAAGGUGACAGUGAAAAUGUUAGUUGCUCAAUUGUG